GCAGGAGAACUGCUGCAUCCAAAAAGCACCGUGACAUCAGUGAGGUGAUUGGUUGUCAUAAAAGCUCUAUAAUCGUAUUUGCAGAUGACCCUCGGUGUGAUAUUUUGUAAUGCAGUGCCAUUAAAUUCACAAAUUAAGUGCAGCUUAAGUGUUCAAAUACUUUUGGGGGUGCACUGAGUUUCACAAACUCAGUCUACUUCACUUUGCCCACUCAGCCGGACAUUCCCCACACCAAACCACCCCGGAUAUAUUUAUAGACCGCAGACAGUUUGGGAAAGAAGGGGGGUGUCUGACACAUCUGCUGAAUAUCUGCUAGACUGUGGGGUCAGCCCAAGGUUAAAGCCUCUUCAAUGCCUGCCUUGAUUGGUAGUGGCUGGCACUAAUGAGUGUGUGUGUGUAAUUCUAACCACCUCUAACACACACACACACUCCCAUUGAGGGUAAAGCAAACUCUCUCUCUCUCUCCCUCUCUCUCCACCGCCAUUGUCAGCGCCAGUCUCCCCUCCCACCGCUCCUGUCUGUCUGUCUGGAGCUGCUCCCCUCUCGGAGGAGGAGGGAGGCGCAGGAGGAGGUGGGCUGUGAGCCUGAGACCGUCACAGAAAGCCAUUCUUCUGAAUGAAAGCGAGUGGAAAAGACCGUCAAGAUGCGGGGAACGUAUUUACCGUAGUCUAGCAGCAGAAAAUGCGUCGAAGAGUCGCGAGAAUGGCAUGAGACUCUGCUGUGGAAGUGUUCCUUAGUUCAUGUGAGGGCCGCGGCCGGCGGCUCUCUUCCCCCCCGUCCCGUCACUUCCCCGAGCCCCCAUGCGAAACAUCACGGUCCCGGACAGCAGCUCCAGCAACAACAAUAACAACAACAACAACGCCAACUCCAAUGACACAUGCUCCUGCAACUGCACCCUAUCCCAGCCACAGGGAAUGGAUAUAUCUGAACUGGAGUUUGUUCAGAUAAUAAUCAUAAUUGUGGUGAUGACUGUAAUGGUAGUUGUGAUCAUCUGUUUGCUGAACCACUAUCGGCUGUCGGCCUGGGCCUUCCUCACACGCCACAGCCAGGCCCGUCAACGAGAGGAGGGCAUGCAGCCGGACGGCUGUGCAUGGCCAACAGAUAGUUUGGUGACACAACAAGGAGCCACUGAGGUGAUGUAUGGGCCACGGAACGGAGAGCGCUUCAACCCACCUUCAUUUAUGCAAAGGGACCGAUUCAGCCGCUUCCAGCCCACCUACCCAUACCUGCAGCAGGACAUCCACUUGCCGCCCACCAUCUGCCUGUCAGACGGCGAGGAGCUGCCGCCCUACAAGGGCCCCUGUACCCUGCAGCUCAGAGACCCCGAGCAGCAGCUCGAGCUGAGCCGUGCAUCCGUGCGCGCGCCCCCCAACCGGACCAUUUUCGACAGUGACCUGAUAGACGUUUACGUGCACGGAGGUGGCCCGCGGCCCCCGAGCAACAACUCUGGCAAGAGUGCCUCGAACUCGCACGUGGAGGGGCCGCCACCCACCUAUAGUGAGGUGAUGGGUCAGACGUACCCAGGCUCCGCCUCCUUCCUGCACCAGCACAGCAAUAACACACCACCCUCCAACCAGAGGACAGCCAGCCGCUCCGCCCAGCCUGGCGCAAGCACAACCCUGUUCGUCAAGGUGAAGGAUAGCCGGCGUGACAAACCCGUGUGACUAGGACACACCUGCAGAGGGCAGUAGAGAGCGCAUGUGCUCUUUGGUACUUCCUCCUGGACCUAAAGGGGACCUAAACGCUCCCCUUGCACAAUUUGAAUCGAAAAUUGAGGAACCAAGCUUACAAAGUUUAUUAUUUUUUAUUAAUUUUUUUUUUAGUUUUGUUUUUUUGCUAGAACUUCAGGGCCUUGUAUGGAUGUUUGGGCCCCUUGGCUAAAUCUCUUUGUUUGUUUAUGCUUUCCUGUAUUUAAUGAACAUGUGUGUUGGCACAGAUUGUUUGCGUGAGAGACCACAUAGGUCAUAGGAUUGAGAAGUUUUCUAUUUGUUUGUGCAUUUCCAGGACUCAUGCACAAAAAAAACUGUUCACAACCAAUCAAAAUCCAAAUUGAGUGCCAUGAAAAGAUCUUAAAUCUUGAGGAUGUGACUCACAACAACAACAAAAAGUCUUUAUGUUGCACUUAUUCUUUCAAGAGUAGAAACGCCUACCCUUAGUUACUUUUCAUACGUCAAUCCACAUGGUUCCUGGGAUUUUUUUCUUCCUUUUUUACGUUUCACGUUUUCCUGAAAUGGAGAUGUAGAACUCUGAUCCAGCCUAAAAUCUCCACACCUGAACUGCAUCAUGGCACUUAUUUAAUAAAAAAAAAAGAGGGGGUUUAACGAGCUGUUCAAAUCCCAGAUCACUUUUUCCAUCGACCAAGUGAGAGAUAUUGGCAUGGAUAUCUGCGGAUGAAAGUCACGACACACACGCCUCUUUCAUCCUGUCGAGUAGCACUUUAAACUUGCGUCACUUCUGCAUUGUCAUGGGGUCCAAGUGCAAGGGAAUCAUGGGAACUGUAGUCUUAUGCACAUCCUGUCCCCUUCUGAGCGAGUGUGUCAUAUCUCAUAGUUUGUUUUCCACUUAAAAAAGCAUGCAUAUAGUUUUGUUUCCAGUUAUCCAUACUAUACUUUAGUUCACGAUCAUAUAUGGAUCUCAUAUUUUAUCUUUUACUUUCCUCUCCUGGAGUGCCGUUUUAUUACGAGGCAGCACAGGAACACACUUUUAUCUCCUUAUUCGUCAUCAGUAUUUACAUCAGUUCAAAUGAAACAUGUACCAAUCGUGACGAGGUACAUCCCCCUUUUUCUUUCUUCAUUUGAAAUCGUAUUCAAUCACACAGCACACUUUAAAAAUGCUUUCAGACGUGUUGAUUUUGUUUUUGAUCACACCUGAGCUUUGUAAACCAUCGUUCUUUGGCCUUCCCUUUAGAAAGUCCCAUAGAAAAAAACUAUUUAUCAACUAGCUAUUUAUUAAAGUGACCAGUUUGAGAGAAUAUUUAGUCAAAGUGGACUAAAAAAGCGCCACUUUCCUUCAUAAAAAAGGCUUUUAUAUGAGCUUUUCCGCCCUUGAAUAGCAAGACUCUCCUAUCGCCCAUUCGCUUCGGCUCUGAAACCUUGGCUUCCCGUCAUUGGCUCUGCUUCCCGUCACUCAUUCUGACCGCGCAGUCUGAGUUCGUACUGUAUUGCUGCUGCUGCUGCUGCUAAGCGCUGCUACCGCUACUGCUGCUGCUGUUGUCCGUUUGUUAUGUAGGCCUGUGUCCGCUUCCCCAUUAUUUUAUAUUUGCGUACCAACCGAGACAUAGAUGUUCGUUCUUCUUUUUGGUCUUUCGUUAACAUUAGCGCGGUUUCGCCGUCAUAGUCAUGCUAGGAAAACGAACCCAAAUGUGUUUUUUUCUUUCUUUCUUUUACGUUUGCAGCCGAGAGGUUUGCAUGUUACUAUUUACAUGAGCAAAUUUGGUGCCUAACAGUCAUGUUUAAGCAGACAUAGAAACCCACUUGCACUCAAAAGUCCCCACCUUUGUUGUGCCUCACUUCCUAUGGUGCUUCUUUCAGUAGUCGGACUCUGUUUAUUUGUACGGUGCUGUAUAUAACUUGAAUAUAUUAUGCACAUAUCCUACCCAAUGGGUAGAAAACCACAAGAAAGCAUUGUUAAUACUGUAAUAUAAUGUAUAGAUAAUAUUAAAAAGAAAACUUUAACACGGUGGCAUCAAGUUUUGUGAAUGCCUUCAAUUGUGCUUUGUCUUUUUUGUAAAACAGAGUAAAGUUUGCAAAGAGAAAUGCUACAGUAUGGUCACAGAAAUACAAAAUGACGACUUAUAUUUUUUUCCUAUACAGUAAAUGUGAUGAAACAAAUAUUCUGAUUAUAAGGCAGUUAUAUAAAGGAUAACUAGCUGCUGCUUUUGUAACUACCAGAGAAAGAAUUAUAAAUGCCAGCGCUUGUCAUUUUAUUUAUUGACGUUUAUUUUGUGACUGCUAGCUGUUUGGACGUGUAAUAACCACCACGCAGAACAAUAACGUCAUUGUACCACGAUUGUCGACUUUUGGGCUCCCACGCAUCCUUCUCUCCAAACGGGACAAGGUUUAGUGGUUCAUAUCAAAACGCAGCUCAGGGUGAGGCUUUAUCGGCUCGGUGGGACGUCCGUGGCAAACGGUUAACAUUCUGUUGUUGUUUUUAUGCACAUAAUCGAGUUGUGUGGAAUAUAAAAGAGCAUCAAAUGAGGAAAAUCCAGCCCAUACCUGAUCGUUACUUGCAUGUUCAUGUUGUCAUUAUUUCCUCGGUAUAGCAGUCUAGUUCCGAGCUCUCCGCGCCGACAGGCUCCUCUCCAGAAACACGCGCUUCAAUGAAUGACUGACUGAAGACUUGUGUGGGUGAGUUUAGCAUCUCGGUCCAUGGAACUGGAAUUUCCCGCCAAAUCCACAGCAACGUUCUACAUCGGCCUUGAGCGAUCACAUCACAGGACUGUAUGACCUAUAUUGUGGACUACAAUUUUUUUUUUUUUUUUUACAAGAUGAAACAGUUAAGUGUGCGAGGAACGCUGCUGUCCUUACGCCUUUUUUAUUUUUAUCGUUCUAUUUAAUUGUGAUGUCAGCGGUUUUCAGUUUGAGGUCUGUUAAUUGCAAUACUUUUACAGGAAAAAGGUAACUAAAAACCCACUGAAAAAAAAAUCAUAAAAAAUAAAUACAAGAAAAAAAACAAACUGCUCAAAGAUACUGUUGUAGUCCCUCAUGAAACGAUUCCACGCUUGUUCUUUCGCUGUCCUCGAAUGGCUAGAGAGAGCAAUUAAAGUUGAGGAAAAGAA